UGAGACCUGUCUGAUUGCUGAGACAGGUGAACACUGUACACUCACCUUAAACAGUAUGUGAAAGCUGGCAGUCCUUCUCUUUGAUACCUCCCGUCCUGUCAUGGUAGAACUGUCUUAAUACAUUAGCAAAAUCUAAUUUCUGAGGAUCGGGGAAAUGAAAUGUUUUUUGCUGGAAAAAGACCACAAUGAUCUGGAAGAGUAUUCAAGAGCUUUGGUUCUACACUGCAGGAUCAGGAUGGUUGGAGGAAGAAGCCAAAACAGGCCUUUUACACCAAAAAAGGACACAAGAAUUCCCACUGCUCCUUGCUGCUAAGGAUAACAAUGUUGAACUUCUGAGAGAGCUUUUAGCAUCAGACAAAUGUGAUUUGUUCCAAAGAGGAGCAUUAGGAGAGACAGCAUUACACAUGGCGGCUCUCUAUGAUAAUCAGGAAAUUGCUGAAAUUCUCUUAACCGAAGCUCCGUACCUGGUCAACCUUCCCAUGACAUCAGAAAUGUACCGAGGACAAACAGCCCUACACAUUGCUGCUGUUAAUCAAAACAUGAACCUGGUCCGUAUGCUAAUUCAGAGAGGGGCUGACGUGUCCUCACCUAGAGCCACUGGGAGUUUUUUUACUCAGAAUCCCCUGCACCUCUUUUAUUUUGGGGAGCACAUUUUAACAUUUGCCGCUUGUGUGGGGAAUUUUGACCUGGUGAAGUUGCUGGUAGCCAAUGGAGCCAACUUGCGUGCUCAGGACUGUCUAGGAAAUACUGUGCUUCACAUUUUGGUCCUGCAGCCCAAUAAAGUCAUCUCCUACCAAAUGUUUGAUCUCCUCAUGUUGCUCGAUGGUGAUCAGAGAUACCCUCGAUUGAAUCAGAUUGAGAAUAGCCAAGGUCUCACGCCCUUAAAGCUGGCAGCAUCCGAAGGGAAUGUAAUGAUGUUUCAGCACCUACUGCAGAAACAUGUUAAAACGGUGAGGUCAAUGGGUCUGACCUCAUACACCUUGUAUGAUUUAACAGAGAUUGAUUCUUGGGGUACACCCUGUUCUGUGCUCCAUCUGCUGGUGUCUUCUAGAAAAGCAGAGGCAAGACGUAUCUUAGACCUUUCUCCGGUUAAAGAUCUGGUAAAUGAGAAAUGGCAAAUCUUUGGCCGUCCCUACUUCUGCUUCCUGGCUACCGUGUAUGUGCUGUAUAUGAUCUGUGUAUCUUGGUGUUGCGCCAACAGACCACUCCAACCUGUACAAAAUGUAUCAACAAACCCAAGGGACUUUACCAUUCUAGAACAAGUCGCUCUUCUGGAUUCUUACAACACUCCACUGGAUAAAGUAAGGUUAGUCGGAGAAUUGAUCUCAGUAAUUGGAGCUAUGGCCAUGCUCCUUGUAGAGAUCCAAGUCUUAAUGAGCGCUCGGAAUAUUUCAUUUUUCUUUACAGAUAUGGUUUCAGCUGGAUAUUUCAAUCUCAUUCUCAUGGCUUACUCCUGCAUGGUUCUGCUAACUUUGGUCCUGAGGUUAACACAUUCCAAUGGGGAGCUGAUCCCCAUGUCUAUCGCUCUGGUGCUUGGCUGGUGUUACAUGAUAUAUUUUGCAAGAGGAUUUCAGAUGGUCGGACCAUUUACUGUGAUGCUACACAAAAUAAUGUUUGGAGAUCUUGUGAGAUUUUUCUGGCUAAUGAUGGUAAUCAUUGUGGGAUUUGGUUCUGCUUUAUGUGUGAUCUUCCAAACAGAGGAUCCCAAAAAGAUGGGGAUAUUUUACAACUAUCAAAUGUCUCUUUACAGCACAUACCAGCUAUUUAUCAACACUAUAAACUCCCCAGCAAACUAUGAUGUGGAUCUGCCAUUAAUGUUUAAUUUAAUUUAUUUUCCCUUCACGCUCAUUGCAAACCUUUUAAUGAUGAAUUUGCUAAUUGCGAUGAUGGGUGAUACAUUCUGGAGAGUUGCCCAAGAGAGGGACGAGUUGUGGAGAGCGCAGAUUGCAGCACUUACAGUGACUCUGGAAAGCAAAGUCCCGAGAUAUUUCUGGCCUCGCCUUGGUGUUUGUGGCUUGAAGUAUGGUCUUGGGAACAAGUGGUAUUUAUGUGUCGAAGAAACGCACGAUACACACAAAGUAACUGCAGUAUCAUCACACAAAAUUCAAAGUACAGAGAAGAGUUUUGGAAGAGAAAUCCCUAAUAUUCAAAUCUCAGCUGUAAAUUGUCACCAGGAAAAUGAACCCAAUGUAGAAGCACUGGCAGAGAGGAGAUCAAGUAGAGCCUGGCAAAUUGUCCGAGGUGCCACCAUAGACCAGCUAAAGGGAACUGAUGCACUUCCAAGAGGAACAGAACAGGAAGUCUUCUACAUUUAAUCUAUGAAAUGUCUGGGACAUGAGAGACUAUGGGGAUUUCACUAUAUAGCUUAUAGUGAGGGUUAUUGAUGAUGGUCAUCAUGGGGAGAAAUACAUAUUAAUUAAAAAA